AUGGGAAACCUACCUGAAGCCCGAGUUAACCCUUCGUUUUGCUUCAAAACAUCUGGAUUAGACUUCGCGGGACCGUUUGAAGUAAAAAUUCACACCUUACGAAGAGCCCAGAUUGUAAAAUGCUACAUAUGUUUAUUUGUAUGCUUCGCCACUAAGGCAAUUCAUAUCGAGGUAGUCUCAGAUUUAUCUACGGAUACAUUCAUCGCUGCGCUCACACGCUUUAUCUCUAGAAGAGGCGUACCAAGUGAUUUGUACCUUGAUAACGCUACAAACUUCGUAGGAGCUUCCAAUCAUCUCAACAAAGUUAUAAAAACUUUAAUUCAAAAUGAAUCGACUAAGAGCAAGUUACACGACCUGUCUUCUGAGUAUUCUAUAAAAUUUCAUUUUAUUCCCCCUUCAGCCCCGCAUCAAGGUGGUAUUUGGGAGAGUGGUGUGAAGAGUAUGAAAACACACCUAAAAAAGGUUAUUGGUAACAGAAUAUUAACACAGGAAGAAUUUCAAACUGUGUGUACUCGCAUCGAAGCGAUACUUAACUCGAGGCCGCUUUGUCCCUUAUCAACCGACCCAUCUGAGAUAGAGGUGUUGACACCUGGGCACUUCCUUAUCGGCCGACCAAUGGUUGCUCUGCCGGAAUUAAAUUAUGAAGAAUUGCCUUUAAACCGUCUGAAAAGGUGGCAAGCAGUGCAAUCUAUUACUCAGCAGCUCUGGAAGCGGUGGAAAAUAGAAUAUCUGCACACUCUUCAGCAAAGAGCUAAAUGGGUUACUCAUCACCCCAACCUCGAAAUCAACGAUUUGGUGUUACUCCACGGCAACUCACCUCCUCAGUCUUGGCCGCUAGGAAGGAUAAUCGCUACUCAUCCCGGCACUGACGGUGUGACUAGAGUCGUCACUGUGCGGACCAGCAAUGGAGUCUUCAAACGUCCGGUUGUAAAGGUGUCACCUUUACCCAAAUGA